GGCGUGGCCUGGAUGCUGAAGCGGAUGGUCGCACUGCACUAGCAUUCCGCUCCGAAACUAGCCAAACACCACAGAAUUCCCCUUCCACCCGCCUCACCAUUAUGGCACAGAAAAAGGGUAAGAAAAACCCUGAGCGGGGGGAAAAAAUUGGCUUUUUUACUGCGCGAUCGGCGCGAAACAAACCCCCCGGCCCACACGCGGCAGACCAAGAUGGCGACGGAGACGAUACUCUCCCCCUGCAAAUCUUGCCUGACCCAGGGAAUAUCCCGGUCACCCAAGAUAUCCUGAAGGCUUGCCUAGAGGAAAUGUCCGACAAGCUGCUGAAAAAUAUGCAGUCCUCAGUAUCUGCGCUCAGCAAGGACAUCCAGGAGCUCGGCGAAAGAAAGGCCCAAGUGGAGCACCGCAUGGGUGAAUACGCAGAGGCCCAUAACGAUCUGGCAGACCACGUGCAAGCUCUGGAGAAGCAACUCACCUCAGCCCAACUCAAAUCUUCGACCUUGAAGAUCGUUCACGUCAGCAAAACCUGA